AUGAUAUUCCAAUUUCUCUGCAGUAGCUACGGAAAUCACAGCUCGCUGAACCCGAAAUCCAUAUACGUACGUCUCGGCAGUGACUACACUUCCAGCGACGGCGAAACUAUUCCCGUGCAGGAACUGCACUUCCAUCCGGACUUUGAUGCAAAUAUCCUCAAAAACAACCUGGUGCUCAUAAGGCUAGAGAAGAGGAUUCGAUUCUCGAAGCAACAGCCCCGAAUCCGCAGGAUUUUGUACGAUACCGCUCAUCAGGCCUUGGCUCCAGAUGAAGAAGGAGUUCUGAUACUAGGAUGGGGUUCCACUUCGGAAGAUCAAAUAGUCCUCGUCGAUCAGAAGCUGAGCUUGGAUUUGCUAGACCCGUUCAAGUGGGAGACUUGCAAGGACUUGUAUUCAGAAAACUACGUGAAUACGGAAAACUUCUGCGCGGGCAAGACGGAGAAACGCGGAGGAGCGUGUAAUGGUGAUGUGGGCGGCCCUGGAGUGGUCGGGCCAAGAUUAAUGGGAGUAGUUAGCUUUGGAGCCCCCGUGUGUGGAUCCUCUGAUGCUCCGACAGUCUUCACCAAAAUAGGGUACUACGAGGACUGGAUAGACAAAGUCUUGAAAUCAAAACCAGAGAGAAGAACACAAGCAAUGACUUGGACAAGCCCUAUUGCUCGCAGACAUAUAGUCCAUGAUCAGAACCUGGUAGAAAAGAUCUACGAAAGUAUCAAAUCUUCGCGAACGAAAGUCACAACUCAAACCGAAUACCCUGAGGAAGUCAACGUUGUCAAAGAAACGUUGACUGGUUUAGUUAAAUCUAAUUCCGAAAUGGUCGAUGAAUUACUGUACAAAGACUUUUACGAUGACUUUAAUGAAAUCUUUAAAAGUGAAGAAGUUACGGAUAUUGGGCAACAUGUUCUAGUUAACAAAAGUAUUUACCCCAUCCCUGAGCUGCAUUACGAUUUUCAAAAAGAAUACGUUACAGAGAAAUUAACAACAUCAAAACCUACAGCAAGAAUGACUCAAGCACAUACAACACCAACACAGAAGGUGUUAAGGAAAGUUGAUGACUCUGAAUACAUUGACAACUAUGAGGCUUCUUCAAAUGAACGGCAAACUACUAGCAGUACUAAAAAAAAUAAAAAGCACCAUCAUCAUAAAACAAAAAAAAAUGAAGCCAAAUUGCACACGACUGCCUCUAAACAUAAACAUAAACACCAUAAAAUAACGAAGUAUACCACCAAGUCACGCACGACUAAAGGUAAGCAUAAACAUCAUCACCAAAAAAAAACAAAAGCUACCACACCACACACGGUCGUGAGCAAACACAAACCAAAAAUUUAUUACCCAAAAACUACAAAAGCUGCACUCAAGAGUGGACAUUUUUAUGAUUAUACCGAAAGCACAUCUGACGAUAGAACAAAACCAGAGAAGAUUGAGAAAAAAGAUGAUUUACAGAGCCUGUUCUACAAUUUAGUUGAUAAAGGUUUUCAUAAAAUAGCAAAUACUUUCAACUAUAAUCUAUUUCCUGUUGGAAGUAAUAAAGAUUACGACAAUAGAAGUAAUAAAAAUAAUAAAAUUUUGAAUAGCAUAGUUGUUUAUGAAAGCGAUAACGAUAACUACAAUAUUGAGAAUAUAGUGUCAAAAAGUCAAAAUAGUAAAGUAGUUACUGUUAAAAAUUUUAAAUUACCUGAAAAUAAAAUAAAUGAUACGUAUGAUUACGGCAAAGCAGGUAACAAGUACGAUUACGAUAUAGAAGAUGAGACAACGGCAUCAAGUACAGAAGAAGAAGAAUAUAAUCGAGUUAAAAGUAAGAAGAACACGGUAAAAGUAAAAAGUAAACGUUACAAACUGAAAGCAAAAGCAACGUACAGUAUAGAAAAUGAUGAGGAACUGGUUUCCGAAGAGUACGCCUACACAUCGGAGCCGCGCUUUAAGGCGACACAGUUGGAUAUCCACUAUCGUACAUUUGGCAUGACAGUUAAUGGGGAACAGAUAAAAAGGAAAAAUUUGAGGGAUUCAGAUCUUGAAACAAAUGAGGAAUCACCUAAUUUACAUGCUGUAGAGACAGAGCUAGAUUCGACAGAAGGUAAAGAACUUUGGCAGGCUUUCUUUAAGAUGGAUGUAUUUUCAAAUAAAAGUAAUAAAGUUUAAAGUAUAGAGUUAUAUAUUCUUUGUUUCAAAUAGACAAA